CCGCCACGGUUUUCGAGCCCCCACCCUACAACAACUCUAACCUUCCUUGAACUUAUGUACACCGAGAUCAGCUGAUAUCGCGAUAUCAGACUCAACUACCUAUCCGAAACGGGAUCGAUAUUCGCGAGAGAACACACCGUUACACCGGAUCGGCUCGGUACGGCACGGUACUGUGCCAUAUAACCUAUACGUACAUAUGUAAAUCUGCGUGGGAUAUAGACAACGUGUAGAUGCAAAUGCUGCAGCCGAUCUCAUGACCGAUCUCUUGCGGAUCCUGCCGGACUUUCCAACCGCCCGGUAUGCGAAUCUUUUACCCACCAUCGAGAGGGAAGGUCUGACCACCGCGGACCUCCUCACUCUCCAGGUCCCGGACAUCGGCAAACGAACCCAGUUACCGCUUCUAGAUAUCAAGCGUCUAUGCGCUGCUGUGCUUGAAGCCCUUCAUGUUGACUUAGGUGUUUCGGACAAACAGCAACAAAAACAACCGAAAGAUGAUAAUGGCGGCAAAGGUGCGGAGAAGGCAACAAGUCCAGGAGCCCUAAAGCGUACCGGCACCGAGCUCCUUGCCGAGCCAACCCGCUACAUAAGCACCUUAGACCCGGACCUAGACCUCGCCCUCGGCGGCGGCGUUCCCGCAGGCUACAUAACCGAGAUCACAGGCGAAAGCGGCGCCGGCAAAACGCAAUUCCUACUAACCCUUCUCCUCGCCGUCCAACUCCCACCACCGCACGGUCUCGGGCGUCCCGCUCUAUACAUCUCAACCGAAGCACCGCUCUCCACGCGGCGGCUCUCCCAACUCCUCUCGCACAACCCAUUCUUCCAAUCCCUGCCCGCCUCCUCGAAACCCACACUAGACAACAUAAUCGGCACCGUAACCCCAGACCUCGAAUCGCAGGACCACAUCCUAACCUUCCAAGUCCCCGUCGAAGUCGCCCGGCGGAACAUCGGGCUCCUAAUCCUGGACUCCGUCGCCGCCAACUUCCGCGCCGAAUACGACCGCGGGGCCUCCAGCAGCGCUAACCUCGCCGCGCGGAGCACCGCGCUGCUAAACCUCGGUCUACACCUGCACGAGCUCGCGCGGAAGCACAACCUCGCCGUCGUAGUCGCGAACCAAGUCGCCGACCGGUUCUCCGGGUCGAGUUUCAAGGGAAGCAGCGCUGCGCAACCGUUCUCUCUCCCGCGCGUGUCGCAGGAAAGCCCGUUGGCGAAGCGGAGUAAAGGCGGACUUGGCACGCCGGUGCAUUUAUCGGGCUGGAGCGUCGACCCCCCGAGUAGCGGGACCGCGGACCUCGUGCGCUCGAGCAUGCCGGAGCCGACGCCGGAGGAGGCGCCCGCGCCGCCUGCGCUGCUGCUCGAUCACCAGCAGCGAUGGUUCACGGGGUGGGGGGACGCGUACCCGUACCCGUACUCAUCGUCGCAUUACGGGUCGUCGGAGCAGAAUCUCAAGACGCCGAGUUUGGGGCUAGUCUGGUCGACGCAGAUCGCGGCGCGGGUGGCGCUGUGGAAGCGUCCUGUGUAUGGGCGGAAGGAGGUGCUUGAUGAUGGGGAGGGGGAGAGCACGACGACGUUGAGGAAUUGGAGGAGGUGGAUGAAGGUCGUUUUCGCACCGCAUGUGGCGGGCUCGGGACCUGGGUUGGAUGGGGCGGUUGAGUUUGAGGUUACGAUGGGUGGAGUGAGGGGUGUGGAUAAGGAUAAGGGGAAGAGAGGAAAGGGGAAGAGGAAAGGAAAUGAGGAGGAGGAAGAGGAGGAGUGAUAUUGGGCAGCUCCUUAUAUACGAAUUAUUAUAUAUUAUAUGGAUGAAGUGAUUGGGUUCAUUGGAGGAUUAUUGGCAUAUGUGGAUCUAGGACGGAGUAAAUCGCACGAGAUGGAACAAUGCAUAUCACGCAGACAAUAGUAAUGAAAACAUUUAUAAAAAGUCCAUCCGGAGUAUCUC